GGGUUCCGGGUUGCCGGGGAAAGGCGCACGCGCAGAAGCGCUCGCCGCACACCCGACCGCCCCUUGCUCGGGUGUCGAAAGUGGUAUCGCGUGAGAUCCGCAGCCAAUGAGAAGGCGGAAGUGACGGCCGGUUCGCAGCCGCUGGCAGCUAUUGCAAGGUUGAAGCCAGAGUGGACCGUUCUUUUGGAGCUGCUGUUCCCUCACUGUUGAGGCAUCACCGAGAGCUCAGCACCAAGGCUGAACUGUACCAUUUAGAAGAAUGGAAGCAGAUGCAUCUGUAGACAUGUUUUCAAAAGUCCUGGAGAAUCAGUUGCUUCAGACUACCAAAUUAGUGGAAGAACAUUUGGAUUCUGAAAUUCAGAAACUGGAUCAGAUGGAUGAGGAUGAAUUGGAACGCCUCAAAGAAAAGAGACUUGAGGCACUAAGGAAGGCUCAACAGCAGAAACAAGAAUGGCUUUCUAAAGGACAUGGGGAAUACAGAGAGAUCCCUAGUGAGAGAGACUUUUUUCAAGAAGUCAAGGAGAGUAAAAAAGUGGUUUGCCAUUUCUACAGAGAUUCCACAUUCAGGUGUAAAAUACUAGACAGACAUUUGGUGAUAUUGUCCAAGAAACACCUUGAGACCAAGUUUUUGAAGCUGAAUGUGGAAAAAGCACCUUUCCUUUGUGAGAGACUGCGUAUCAAAGUCAUUCCCACACUAGCACUGGUAAAAGAUGGGAAAACACAAGAUUAUGUUGUUGGAUUUACUGACCUAGGAAAUACAGAUGACUUUACCACAGAAACUUUAGAAUGGAGGCUCGGUUGUUCAGACAUUCUUAAUUACAGUGGAAAUUUAAUGGAGCCACCAUUUCAGAACCAAAAGAAAUUUGGAACAAACUUUACAAAGCUGGAAAAGAAAACUAUCCGAGGAAAGAAAUAUGAUUCAGACUCUGACGAUGAUUAGAGCUCAGUUAUAUAUUUCUGCUUCAGAUUUAAAUGUGUUUUCUAAAUUUUAUUGAUUUCGAUACAUAAGUCAUCUACUACAUGCUGGGGUUUUAUACAGUUACAUCACACUGAAAAGCAUCUUUACGAUUUUAUGUGUGGCAUCAUGUUUAAGUUGAGGAAAACUGAGUUCUUAAAUAUCUGGGAAAGGUCUGUAUUCUCUAUUUUUGAGAUUGAUUUUAUCGCAAUAUGAUUCUUACGUCUUUAUACCAUUCAUAAUUGUGUUUUUUAAUGUACUGAAUUAGAAAUAGAAAUUCAAAAACUAUUUCAAGACUAAUUCUUGAUCAGCAUUAUUUACAACAGGUCAAGUAACAUUUACUGGUGUAACACACUGCACUUGUAAAUGAAUUGCACACUCUUCUGGAAUAUAUUUAAAUAACUAUUAAAGAACUGCUUAUUUAUUCUG